GUACAUUUCAGUUGUCUGUGCAUACGUAUGACUACUACAAGCCCUAUUGGACUUACAAAUAACGAAUUGACUGUUAAAUUAGUAAAUAGUGAUUAUAUUGUCAGCGAACCAAUUACUGUGGAUACGUCAUCUAUGGAUGUGGAUUCAAAUGGAACAACUCCAUGGGAUACAGGAUCUAUUUUAAAUAAUCAACCGAUUGUAAAUAAUGAUGAAAUAACAAUGAAAAGAAAUGAUUUAGAAUUAAUGACAUCACAUCAAAUUGAUUCUACUAAUCUGACUCCAGUUAGUAAUUCUACUAAUAAUAACAAUAAUAAUAAUAAUAGUAAUAACAUUUCAAAUACUACUUGCAAAAUGAAUACAUUAUCUUAUAUACCGCCAGGAUUAAUAUCUGUUAUGAAUGAAUCUAAGUGUUUGACAGUAUGUGCUAUUGGACAUUUUUCAGUCGGUCAUACAUGGGGACCUUAUCUUAUUCACAUUGGUUCAGAACUUCGACAAAAGCUUAUAGCUUUCUCAACAGAAGUUGAUCCUGAUUUUUUAGUUACAUUAACUGUAAAGAGCAAAGAUUCUAGUCAUGAAAAUGCGAAUAGUUUAAUUGUUGGAGAAGAGCAUACAUGGAUAAGAGUUAUACACGAGACCGGUCUUCAUUCUGAUAAGAAUGAACAUAAUUUGGAUAUUUUAGUUGAUCCUAUUUUGAAAACAAUCACAUUACAAACUAGAUCAGAUAUUAAUCCACAAGACUUCCUGAUAGGUGUGGUACGUAUUGUAUCAGAUAGUCAGAAAGCAGAACAAAUAACAAUGUCAAGUGGUCAUAAUUCAACGUUAUAUAACAACACAAAGUCAUCAACAUCAACUUCUGUCUUAACAUCGUCUUCAAACAAUUUACCUUCUACUGGACCUAGGCGCGAUAAGAAGUGUACACACUGUGGAAUAUCAUUUUCCAAUCUGGAUACUUUGAACGCACAUAUGGCACAUUACUGCUCUCGAAGACCAGGAUUAGUUUCAUCGACUUCAGCUGGUGUUCAGCCAUCAGUGUCUGUAUCUGUAACACACUCUGACACUUCGACAAAUAAAAGUACAAAUAAUAAGUUCAACAAUCAACGACAAAAUUCAUCUCAAUCUUUUGGAACUAAUGCACUAGGUUCCAAUUUCUCUGUUAACUCAAGUACCUCAGUGUCUGCUGCCAAAUAUAGCACGAUGACAGAAAAUAACUCCGAAUCGAAUCCAGUAAAUAUGCGUGAUGAAAAUUUACUUGAUCCAAUUCAAAUGGGUAAUUUAAUUAAUCCUACAUUUUUAAAUUUAUUUGGAGUCGGUGAUACUACAUAUCUUUCUCAAAUGCUUCAAAAUCCAUUGGCUUACUUUAUGCUUCCGAUGAUAUCACGUCUUAUUCCACCAAUAAGUCUCGAUACUCAAGGAAAUGAAUCGAAUUUGAAUAUUCCCUUAUGCAAUCAAUCUGUUAACCAUAUAUUAUCUCCGACAGCUAUGAAACAACCGCCAUCAACGUCCGACAAAAUGAAAAGCAAUCAUUCAUCUGAGUUUACAACAAAAAUUGAUUCACCUGACACUCACAUAAGCCCUACUCAACUUAAUACUUCAAGCAUUCAAAAUAAUAAUGCUCAUAAUUUAGAGCACCAGGCACCAAGAGUUCUUUUUUGUCCAAACUGUCAACAGCUAUAUGCAUCCCAGUAUCUUUCUACACUUCCUCCUAAUUCAAACAAAUUAGAACCUUUUAUAAUAAAUCCCAGUGAAACGUCUUUGAUGAAUCAAAAUAUUGAAAGCGUAGGCAAUAUGUUAAGUAGCAACGAUAUGGUGUGGACUUUAUCACAACUUUCGGCUGUGGCUCAUCGAUUUGGACUAAUACUUGCUGCACCGUUAGUAACGGCAAAUGGUUUGCAGUACAUUCCUGUUAAUUUAAACUCUAAACUUCCAGAAAGACAUAAUUUAGAAAAAUAUCAAAACAAUGAGAGCGUUAAUGGUUUUAAAAAUACUAAUAAUACUACUAAUAAUAAUAGCAAUUUCCAAACACUGAAUAAUAAAAGACAGUGCACUACACCAAUUUCAUCAUGUGAAUUUAUUAAUGAUUCAUUGAAUUCUUCAAAUAAUAGUAACAAUUCCUCAGUGACAUUAUCACCUUCAAGUUAUUUAACUAAUUCUACAAAUUUCUUUGGUAAUAAACAACCUGAAGCAUCAUUACCUCGAUUAAAUACUUCAAAUAUAUUGGAUUUAUCAGCGAAUCCAUCUAAUCCUCAACUAUUAAAUUCCUUUAAAUUGUACAAUACAAUAAAUGAAUUCAGAGAUAGCCAGCAACAACAAAAUUACUGUCAAUCGCAAUUAUUUUCACAGAAGAAAAAAGAACAUUUUGAUAUUAUGAAAGACUCUAGCUCUUGUUCUAAUGGAACUCUUAAUCAGCCUAAUAAUUCAUUACUAAAAGUCCCAUGUCAUACAGAAGACACUCGUAAUGAUUUUGGAUCUUUAUUAGAUAACCAAACACCCACUGAGAAUAAUAAUAAUAAUAAUAAUAAUAAUAAUAAUAUGGACAAAAAUUUACUUCACACAUUUUCUCAAAUGUUAUCACAAGCAAAUGGAUUAUCAACUAAUUCACAAACAAUACCAUUUCCAUUUAACGUCAACCAACUUUUAUUUAUGCUGUAUGCUUCGUUAGCAACUAAUUCAAUGAAUAUUCAGUCAUCGUUUAAUCCAAAUGCAUUGAUGACCGAACCCGUGUCAAGUAAUGUCACUAAUGUUAUUCCACCUGACACAAUAUCACAUUCAGUUAAUCCACCGACUUCAAAUAAUGCCCCGAAUUCUGUUGUUAAAACGAUUACAGAUAACUGCGAUAACGGUACUAACAAUCCUACUUUUACUAAUAGUAAUCAUAGUAACAUGUAUAAAAAAUUUUCUUCUUUACCGUCUAUACCAUUUUCCCCAAUGUGUAUCCAUCCUUUAAUUUCUUCAUCAUCUGACCAAUUAAUAAAUACAUCAAGUAACAAUACAUUACAAAACACAUUCCCCAUCCCGACAACAUCGAUCACCACUGUUCCUACCGGUGUAAUCAACAACAUACCAAUAAAUUCGAGUCAAAAUUUCACUUGCACGUCUUCAUCUGUGAGUAAAUUAGAACCAAAUUCAACUGGUGUUAACAAUACCAGUGUUAAUGAUAGUAGUAAUAAUAGCAAUUCAUCAGUUUUAAAUUUACUUCCAGCUCUUAAAUUGUUAGGAUCAAUAUUUCCUCAAUUUUCAACGAUAGAACAGAACCAUCAACAACAACGUCAACAACACGAACCUCAAAUACAACAGAUAAAUCUUGAUUCAUGCUCUAGUUCAAAACAGAGUAAGUUAUCAACACGAGGAAUAAAUGCAGAACAACUUAUUAGUCCAGCUACAUCACCACAACCAACGGUUUUAAGACCUUAUUUGUGCAAAUUUUGCCGAACUCGUUUUCAGGCAUUUAGUACUUUCCAGGCCCAUCAACAAUUCUAUUGUCAAGGUCGAAAAGAAGUUAUGAAACAGUUACACACAUCCACUACAAAUCCAGUUACAUCACAUAUACCUACCUCCUCUGGUAAUCAUACCGUUUUAAACUGCGCUACAACUACCGGUUCACCUGCUAGUAAACGUCGCUGUACUACAACUGACAGUCUUUCAUCUACUGGUCACAGCCUAAAUCAUACUGGAAAUUCUUCAGCCAAUCAGACAAAUUCGUCUACAUCUAGUAGUGGUGAUGAAGCCGAAAGCGUUAAAAGUAAUAGGUUAUCACCAUCAGGUUCGAAAUUGUCACCAAAUCGUAAUUUACAAACCAAUCAAGAAGUUAAUACAGAUUGUGAAACAGAUCAAUCAAAUUCAACUCAUUGGGAACCUUGUGGAGCAACUGAACUACGUUGUUCUGCAUGUGGUUACGUUGGUCAAACCCCACGUGGCAUGAAAAUGCACAGAAAACUUCAUGAAUGCAACGGUACCAUCUCAAAGAAUCCUAAAUCUACUUGUGAAAUAAAGAUCAAUGAAAUAAAGACAGAAAAUGAUAUUCUCACUAAAAAUUUCGAUAUAAAUCUACAUGUUACUAAUGAUCAUAAUUCAACUAUGAUAAAUAAUAUAAAAAAAUUACACAAAGUAACUAAUGACAAUAAUAAUAAUAAUAAUCAUAAUAGUAAUGCAUUUUUGGAUGAUUUUGUUAAAAAAGAACAAUUAUGAUUAAAAUCACCAUGAUAUGAAUAGUAGUUGUAUUCUCAUCAAUAGAAUAUUACAAUAUGAUAAUGAGAAAGAACAAAUACAAUGUAUUACAUUCUGAUGACAAAUUACACUGUAUUUGUUACUGUUCCUAUGGAAUGGUAUAUAAUAAACAAUAAUUCAUUCAUGUAUUAUUAAUUAUUAGCAUUAUUGAUUUUACUUUAAUACUUAUCUUUUGUUUUCCUUUUUUUUUGAAAUUUUUUUUUACUUGUUGACUUUCUAUCUUCCUGAUGAGCAUAAUUCAUCACCACUACUAGUAUUUCAACUGUAUUUUACUCUUUCGAUUGUACAUGGUGAAUGUUGGAAGUGAUUUCAACUUCCUUUAGAAUAUAACAAUUUUUUUUAAAUUAUAAAAAUGAUAUAUUUACUAUUGAAAUUAAAUUUGUCUACUUUUGAGUUAACUACUUGCAAGUAGACUCAUUUUUCUUUCAAAUAUUUUAUUUGAACUUGAAAUUGAUGUCAACAUGGUUCAAAGAGCUGUU